AAGAUGAAAUAUAAAGAAACAUUCUAUCGAUUGUCUUUGAAGAGUGAAGUGAGAGUCACUUGUUGUUGUGACUGAACUGAAGGAACAGAACAACCUCAACUCAAAACAUGAAUAGCCACAAAAUAUGCACCUCAACAUUCAACAUCACCACCACCACAACCACUUUUUUCCCUUUCAAUGAUAAUAAUCUUUGCACCACAAAUUUUCUCACUCCGUUCUUCCAAAACCACAAAACUAAACUUAUAGCUCAGAAUUUCAAACCCCAUAUUCUCCUAUGCGCUUCUCUUCCUAGCACACAAGCUAGUAGUACUUCAAUGGCUCAAGUGGAGGAGCAAGCAGAGACUGAAGUUGUAAAGGGUUACACUAUGACUCAAGUUUGUGACAAAAUGAUAGAUUUAUUUUUGAAUGAGAAAACCAAAUCAAAGGAAUGGAGGAAGUACUUGGUAUUUAGGGAGGAGUGGAAGAAAUAUAGGGAUAGCUUCUUCAUUAGGUGCCAAAGAAGGGCUGAUAUGGAGAACGAUACAACAAUGAAGGAAAAAUUCACUUCAUUAGGAAGAAGGUUGAAGAAGAUUGAUGAUGAAAUGGAAGGGCACUAUGAACUUCUCAAGGAGAUACAAGAUUUUCCAACCGACAUUAAUGCCAUAGUUGCACGAAGGCGUAAAGACUUCACAGGAGAAUUUUUCCGCUACCUCUCUCUUAUUGCAGAUACUAAUGACAGCUUGGAGGAUCGCGAUGGGAUUGCCAGACUGGGGGCAAAAUGCUUAUCUGCUGUCAGUGCAUAUGACAAUACUCUGAAGAAUAUGGAGACGUUAGAUGCUGCGCAGGCCAAAUUUGAUAAUAUCCUCAAUUCUCCUUCCAUUGACAUAGCUUGUAAGAAAAUCAAAAGCUUUGCAAAGGCAAAGGAACUUGAUUCUACGUUGAUAUUGUUGAUAAGCGGUGCUUGGGCUAAAGCAAAAGAAUCUACAACAAUGAAGAAUGAGGUGAAAGAGAUAAUGUACCAAUUGUACAAGACCACAAAGAGCAGCCUAAGGACUAUUGCUCCAAAAGAAAUAAAGCUACUCAAGCAUUUGUUAAACAUCAUAGAUCCUGAGGAGCGGUUCUCUGCAUUGGCAACGGCUUUCUCCCCUGGUGAUGAACGUGAUGCCAAAGAUCCUAAUGCUUUAUACACCACACCAAAGGAGCUGCACAAAUGGAUUCAGAUCAUGCUUGAUGCAUAUAAUCUGAACAAGGAAGAAUCAGAUUUGAGAGAAGCUAGGCAAAUGACUGAUCCUAUUGUUAUUCAGAGGUUGUGUAUCCUCAGGGAUACCAUUGAGAAGGAUUAUAUGGAAAACAACACAGUUCCGAAGUCUGAGACAGAAGAUGACUCUCUAUCAGAAGUCUUCUCAUAAUCAUUAGCAUUCAUUCUUGCCCGUUUGUGACCCCUUUUUUGAUCAAGAGAAACACAAGGCAGGGUUGAAGUGGAAAAAACAUGUGGAAUGUAAGAGGAAUGAAGCAGCUAACCCUUUCAAAUAUUUAUAGACUAGUGUAUGUUUGUCCUUUUUUAUUUAUUUAUAUAAGAUGACUUGUAUUAUUUCAUCAGGUUUCCAUUACAAAAUUUUGAAUUGACACUAAUCAUUUUGAGCAUGUGUAAUGUAGUAUAGGACCAGAAGUAGUUCCUUAUGUAUCUGUGUUUCUAGUUGAAUCAAUGAAGAUGUUGGGUAUAGAAAGUGAUCAGCUCCAACUUAGAUUUAGACUAUGUUUGGUAUCACGGUGAAAUUGAUGGUGUUAUUUCUUUCC